GGCCCCCUCACUCGCCUUAAAAGACAGAAAAAAGGGUGGGCAGAAAAGCAAACGAGUCAUAUUGAAGUUCCAGAGGCCCCUCUCUCUCUUCUCUUCUCACACUUUCUCUGAAACAAAUGUAGAGAAUUUUAUACCCUCAAAAUUCUCACGGCAAGUCCCAAAAUUCCAGUUUGCUCAAACUUUUUGUUUGGUCCUCCCAGAAAUAAGAUUUUACAAAAAGAAAAAUCGGAUCUUGGUAACUGUCAGUGUUUGCCAUAUUUCCCAAACUCAUAAGCUAUUCUUUUCUCCCUUCUCUUUUUCAUAAAGAUUCAAUCUUUGAGGUUAUUGGGUUCUGGAGACUGAGAGUCUCUGUGAAUAAUUGAAGGGUGUAAUGGUUAGGGAGAUGAGCAGAGAGCAGCCACCGGAGCCUCUUGAUUUCUUCAUUUGGACUGUUGAGGAUGUUGGUUUAUGGUUGGAAGAGAUAAAUCUGGGGAGUUACCGGCAAACUUUCAAGGAAAAUGGUGUCAAUGGAGAGUACCUCGAAGGCAUGUCUAUGUUCACUACUGAGCAGAUUCUUCGUUUUAUAAGACGAUGCCACAUGAAAUGGGGAGACUUUAUCACACUGUGCAAGGAGCUGAGGCGAAUUAAAGAUACCAUCUGUGUUUUUGUGAUGAAAUCAAUUUUUUCUCCAGUCGCUUGCCUGAAAGGAGAGCAAAAGGUACGCAGGCCAUGGUGGGCUCCAUCUUGCCUCUCAAUAGUAUUUGUUAAGGUGGCAAAGCGUAACAGACAAUCACGCGUUGUUUCCUUGAAGCUGGAACCGUAAAGGAAGAGCUCAUAUGUAACUAGUAUUUUCUUUUUCUUUUUUUGCUUAGAGAACAGAGUAGGAAAGUAUCUUUUUCUUUCUUCCUUUGAAUCAAUCAAGUUACCUGUUUGUUCUUCGCCGGAGAAUUCUGUCUUAUAUAGUCGAUAAUGUAACUAUUACUGGUCAUUUGAUCUUUGUUUACUUUGCAAGCCAUGGGGCAACCAACUUUUUGUUGCCAAUCAUCCAGCCAAUGUCUAUGAAGUUGCUUUCUUCCUUGGACAAGAAAUCGUUGAUUUACUUUGGAUAUUAUUCAGUGAUGAUUUUGAUCUUC